AUGGCGGAAGGCCGUUGCGCAUGCCCGGACGAAAUGGCGGACGCUGAAUGGGACGAGCGCGCAAUAAUAAGCGUCAUAUCUAACUGCGGUCUCGAAUCGACGAAUGCCAAAAUUACGAUAGAGUUCUGUCGCUCACAAUUAACUGUUAGAUCUCGGGAGAAGACGGCGUCGAUUGAGUCCUUGGGAGCGGCCGGGGCGUCUCGCGUGCGUUUUGCACGGAAGCGAGACCCGAGCCCGUCGCUCGCUGGCGGAGUAGGAAGACGGGGAAAAUCGAUUGAGCUCUGGACGAAACCCGGAUGGGGCGGAGUCUCCCGGCACCCACCCCUGCGAGAGCGGGACGGAUCAAAGCCGGGUGCCAACGUAACACGCUCGUACGCGGAACAAUGCAAUGGUGCGUUAGAACUUAACGAUGUCGUUAAAAUCGAUGUCUAA